AGUGCACUGAUCAUAAAAGAGCAAGGAUGUAUAUUAUUGUUACUAAACGGCUCUGUGAGAACGGAAGGUCUGACCCACCAUUGACAUUUACUGUUUGUUCCAUAGUCUGGAGCCACUUUUUGUACUUUUGCAUGCAAUGGCGACUGGCGACGAAGUGCGGGCAAAUGUGCAGAAGUACUAUGGCACUCGACUGGAGUCCUCUAAGGAUUUGCAAACAAGUGCUGCCUCCUGCAGUUUGUCUUGCCGCCCGGUGCCAAGGAGUGUCACAGACGCACUGAGCCAGGUUCACCCGGAGGUAACCAAAAGAUUCUUCGGCUGCGGCCUUCCCUUUCCAGCGAAGCUUGAGGGCUGCAGAGUCCUGGACCUCGGCAGCGGCUCUGGCAGAGACUGUUAUGCCUUCAGUAAACUUGUUGGACAGAGCGGACAUGUCACAGGGAUCGAUAUGACCGAGGAACUGAUCACAGCGUCUCGUCAGUACAUCGAGUAUCAUCAAAAGAAGUUUGGCUAUGAGAAGCCCAACGUCACAUUUAUCCAGGGGUACAUGGAGAAGCUCAGUGAAGCUGGCAUACAGAGUGACUCAGUGGAUGUUGUGCUAUCCAACUGUGUAAUCUGUUUGUGUCCUGAUAAAAGGGCCGUUCUACAGCAAGCUUACAACGUCUUAAAGGAGGGAGGUGAACUGUUUUUCAGUGACAUGGUGGCCAGCAAAGUCGUUCCAGAUCACAUGAAGGAAGAUACAGUCCUGUGGGGUGAAGGAAUGGGCGGCUCUCUGUUUUGGCAGGAUCUCAUUUCAUUGGCACACGGCGUAGGUUUCAGCACUCCACACCUCGUUUCAGCCAGCCAGAUUGAAAUCUACAACAGUGAGCUUAAAGCAAAAGCAGGUGACGUCAGCUUUGCUUCGGGCACUUAUCGGCUCUUUAAAUUGUCCCAAAAUCAAGUCAUGUCUGAGGCGUUAGUGACAUAUAAAGGAACUGUGUCAGAUUUCCAAGAUCAGCUGGACUUUGAUUCCUCCCACUGCUUCAAGAAAGAUGUGGCAGUGGGGGUAAAUGGAGAGAUGGCAGCAAUCCUCCAGAGAUCCCGUUUCUCUCCGGAUUUCAAAAUCCAGAUAUUGGAUAAACCAUGGUCCAGCUCAGAAUCAACACCACAGUACUGCCACCUCAACCCUUUUCUGCUGGCUGACAAACUGGGAUGCUCAGUGAGACAAAGCUCCAAAACGAGCAAAUAAAGAUGAAGUUGAAUCCUGAGGAAUCCUUCCUGAACACUAAGUAGAACCGCUGCAAAGAGAUUGUAACACGUUUUCAGAGUUCAAUUAGUUCAAGUCCAAAACAUUAAACACUAAUCAUUUUAUGUGCUAGUUGUCAUAUACUUCUUUGUUCACAGUUGUUGACAAGAUGAUGCUUUCACAAUAAUAUGAUUGUAAGUGUCUAGAUAGUAAAAUAACAUGUUAUGUAAUUGUUGUAACUUUCUAUGUUCAGUAAUAACCAAGUAAAUGGACAAGACAAAGGUUCUGUGUAAAAGCGAUGGUAAAAGCCUCUUGCGAGGGUUAAUGAUUGACUGUUGUCUGAUAUUAGUGUGCUAUCCGAGGAACUUGUACUGAAGGGUAUAAUUAUAAGGAUUUGCUGAUUGAUGCAAGUAUGCAAAGCAGAGAGUGGACUGCCCUGCUUGCAGGUAAUGGGUGGUUUAUAAAAUGUUAAACUCACAAGAGCACAACAAGGCCAGUUUGACAGAAACGGGGUCACAGACUCAAAACAGCAAUGGAUAACAAAAGCUGAAAUAAAAAUUCAAAAACAUGACCACUCUCUAAAGUGUUUGACGAUAAGACAUUUUCCAACUGCAUCUGAAGAUUACACCAUUGUAUAAAUUGUAGUCAAUGUAAAAAAACGUUUCAGGAAAAGUAUCCUGACAGAAAACACAUCCGUGAGGAUGAUGUAGACAUUCAGUGGUGUUGAAACUCACGAACAGAGCCGUUAAAUCCCUGAGCUUUAGUUAUGGACCACAAAGCAU